AUGAUUAUGCUUCUCGACGCUGGGCGCUUACGGCUAUUCAGGAGCAUCAAAUCAUCAAUUGAACUGCAUCCCUCGUCUCCAUCACUUCCUUGGCAACUGUCCACUCCCAUCCACGACGGUAAUUAUUCCCCCCUUUACCGUGAGUUUCCAGUUUCCCAAUCUCUGUGCUCAUCUCCGAUGUAG